ACGUGACAUAUUUUUUGAAGGGUAAGAUCGCAUUCUACCCAAUCACACAACACUUUUUUCUAUGGAAACACCUGUCCUGUCAUCACAAUAAAUUUUUCAUAAUUUACAUUUUUUAAAUUGUUUGUAUAUAAUUAACAUUCUUGUAAAGGUAUGAGGAAGGGACUAGUUUUAGAAAGGAAUGUGUUGACUUACCGUUUUCAUAUUUCGAAUUAAGGUGUAUCUUUUUCUAAAGAAGUAUUAAUCAGUUUAUGUUCAAAAUCAAAUUCAUUCAAGUAUAUGUACCAUGUUUAAACUAUAAAAUACAAAGAUGCCAGAUUCUGUAGAAGAAAGUCUCCACUAUAUCCUAAAAGGAGUUCCACUGGAAGGAGAAGAGGCAGAAAUAUGUGAUUUUACUUUAGAAGAGCAAAAUGAAGCCCUGGAGUCUCAAGGUAUUCAGCCUAGUGUUGACCCUAAAUUCACACCGAUUGUCUUUGAAACCGUCUGCUAUAUAGUUGUUUGCAUCGUUAUUAAUGAGCAAAAUGAAGUUUUGAUGAUGCAAGAAGCCAAGAAGUCUUGUGCUGGAAAGUGGUAUUUACCAGCUGGUCGUAUGGAGAAAGGAGAAAACAUUAUAGAAGCAUGUAAGAGAGAAGUCUUAGAAGAAACAGGCCUAAAGAUAGAAUGUACAACAUUAUUAGUGGUUGAAACUGUGAAAGGUAAUUGGAUAAGAUUUGUUUUGACUGGAAAAGUUAUAGGAGGUAAUAUCAAGACUCCUUCUGAAGCCAACCAAGAAUCUCUACAAGCCAGGUGGAUUAAAAGAUUGGACGAGGUUGAGCUGCGGGCCAGUGACAUCGUCCCUCUAAUUGAUAGAGCUAGAGUUUUCAAAGAAGCUAGAAGAGUAAACGAACCUGGUUGGUUCGAAGACCAGCUGCCAGCUUUGAGGGCAUAUGCGAAACAGCUAUUGCGACUGGUCGUAGUCAUUAAGAAGAAAGCCAAUAACCGUGUACAUAUAUUAAUAAGCGAACGAACGUCGUGGCAUCUUCCCGCCUGUGAAAUUCAUCCCAAUAAAAGUAUACAUUCCACUCUUAAGACGUUUAUGGUAGAAUUGUUCGGGGCAGAGGUGCCGCAACAUAGACCAUGUGGAUUAUUGUCGGUUGAGCAUGACGCAUCCUCCAACAAAGAUGGUCUAUGUUUAACGCUUCUCGUAGCAUUCCGUACACCCUUGGAAGAAGUGCCAAUUAUUGGAAAGUGCGUCUGGCACGAGGUGUCCAAAGACUUAGGUGAUAAGUUGUUGCUGAAAGUAGCAUCCAGGAAUGCGACUUUCUGUCUGAAUACUAUAAGAUGAGUUCUUUCCCAACAAUAUUUUAGAUUAUAUUUACACUUCAAAUACUGUGUAUAAAUGACUAAUAAAUAUUAAAAACGAGAGAAGGGAUAAAGAUACUAGUCCUCAGUACACUGUCCUUUUUUGAAAAUGAUUACAAAAGACGUAAAAAUGGUUUUACAUGCUUCGUUUGAGCGAGAGUACCACUUUCUGAAAUUUUCAGAGUACAGGAUGGACUCUUUUCCGCACGCACAACACCUAAACCUGUAGCUCCAGUGCGGUUAUGUUCUGUUAUUGCAAUACUAUAAUUUUUAAUUUCAAUCUAAAGAUUAUACAAAAAAUUGAAGAAAAACCUUCUGUGUAAAAGGUAUAUUUAUUUUAAAACCCCAAUAAAGGGCUACAAUUACAAAACAGAACGUUUUCGCUCUAAAGAGAGCAUCAUCAGUGUUCUUUGCAAGCUCUACACUGACAAGAACACUGAUGAUGCUCUCUUUAGAGCGAAAACGUUCUGUUUUGUAAUUGUAGCCCUUUAUUGGGGUUUUAAAAUAAAUAUACCUUUUACACAGAAGAUUUUUCUUCAAUUUUUUGUAAUUAAUGGUAUACAGCCAGCUACAGGAAAUGUUUCCUAAUGGAUUUUAAAGAUUAUACGUUAAAAUUAAAUAAAUUAUUUUUGUCGGACAAAAAUAGAGGGAGCGAUCGUCGAGUGUAACACCCGCAAGAUGUCACUCUAGCGUGGUACGGUUUUGUUAUUAAAAAACUCUUAAUUGUCAAUUGAAAGUACUUAGGGCAUCUUUAGGGUGUCGGACUUGAUGACCGCUCCCUUUUUUGUCCGACAAAAAUAAUUUAUUUUAUUUUAACGUAUAAUCUUUUAAUUAAAAUUAAAAAUUAUAGUUUUGCAAUAACAAAAGAUAACCGCGCUAGAGCUACAGGGGGCGACUACGAACUCCCCCACGCUACCUAGAUUUUAAUGGGUUCAGUUUUAUAGUAGGAUUAAAAGCGACUACGAACUGUCCCACGCUACCUGGGUACUUAGAUAAUAUUUUUGUGAACAUAUGUAUAUAGUUUUUAUUUUACUUUAUUGUAAUUAAAAAGGAACCCAAUUCCCAAAGCAUGAGCGAAAAUUUUAAAUGAUUAAAUAAUGAAACUAUAACAAUAUAAUCGAAUAAAGUUAAUAAAUCUACAAUAACUUAUAUACAAUAACAAAAACUACAGUUAAGCAAUAACAAUGCUUAAUUCUAAUGUCUGAUUAGUGAUUAAAAUAAGUAAGAGUGAACACUAUAUUUUAGAUUUUAAAAGUUAGCUGCAUAAUAAUUGCAAACUGACUUAAUGAAGUCUAGUUUACUGAUGUUUUGAUUAACGUAAUAUGCAUUUAGCCCAUUUUCAAUAAAAUCAACUUUUCUUUUUGCCGUGUUAUCAAGUUUUUUUUUUCGAAUCUAUGUGCAGUUCUAAUUUUCACAUAUACUUCUGCUUGAAAAUUUAACAAAAUGUCUGUAAAUUUAAAUAUGUCAAGAUGUGAUUUAUAAAAACAUUCGUUAAAUUUCGAGUGAAAUGAUUCACAUGCGUUUGUAGUAAAUAUAAGAGAUGAUGAAUUUGAAGCCCACAUGUAAGGUGGAAAUGUUGAAUCUUUCGUUAAAUAAUGAUCAAUUAGGUAAUCACAAAAUUGCAAAACUCUGUCAACUUCUGACAUAAUAUUAAAAACUUCAUCAGAAAAAAGGUCACCAACAUCAUUUGGAUAAAUAAGGAAUGCCAAAAAACAAUUUUAAAUAUUUUCCAAUAACAGUUUAAUUUUAUAUUCCGAGGACAAACCUAAAUUUUGAAUUUUUCGGUACCGAUUUUGUGUUAAAUGAAAUUUGCAACAAAAAAUAAUAAUGUCGGGCCACACUAACUUGGUUGCAUUUUGAAUUGCUAUUUCAAAAUCAGAAAUUAUCCGCUUCGGUUUGAAAUUUAAAUUCAAAUCUGUACAUAUUGUUAUUAAUGUAUCAAAAUUACUUUUGUACGAUUGCUGUGAUUUAUUUGGUAACAAACAAAAUACUAGAGGAACAUAAAAACCAUUUUUGUAGCCACGUAUAGUAAACAUCUGACAAAAAUAUUCAGAACAGUAUUGAAAAGUUCCAUCUACAUACAAAGAAUCUACAUUACACAAAAAGUAAAGAUUUGUGAAACAGCUAAAAAUUGCGGAAUUAUUUUUCGUAGAUAAUAAAAAGUUUUCACUUGUAUUUGUUUUUAAAUUUAAGUUAACUAACACUUGUAAAACUUCUUCCUGUGACUUGGGCAAUGAUGGUGUGGAUUUUCGUCUUGCAGCAUAGAUAUUUCUUCGAACGCAAGAAAUGUCUUUCGUCGUCAGCGGUAAAUUGCUGAAAUUUUCCUUCCUCAAUUCCUUGUGGACAAUCUUUAAAGGUCUUUCACAUGUAUCUUCUACAGCUUCCCUCUUUGUAGAAUAACUAAAAAUUUAAUAUGAGAAUAUAAGUGAAUAGCUGAAAAUAUUUAUAUUCUUACUUUCAACUAUAAUCAAAUUUGGAAUUUCCGGUCAUUAAGACUUAAUCCCCAAGUUUCUCGGCGAUGGGGCAGCAGGUACUUGGGAUUAAUGGAUCCAGGUAGUUCGUGGGGCAGUUAGAUACCGCGGCUACAGGUUUAAGUGUUGUGCGUGCGAAAAAGUGUCUAUCCUACACUCCGAAAAUUUUCAGAAAGUGGUAGACUCACUCAAACGAAGCAGUUAAAACCAUUUUUAAGACUUUUGUAAUCAUUUUCAAAAAAGGAUGUUGUACUGGGGACUAUACGUUGAAGUGAGGCGUAGAGAAAUGAACGAUUGAUUUCAAGAGAUCGAUUUUAACUAACAUUGUUAAUACGGUUGUGGUCUACAUUCCAACCUUUUAAUCAUAACGUUUUCUGUAAAAUAUAUAUUUUAUAUUUGUUAACAUGUGUAUAAUAUUUAUUCAAAAUAUACUUUAUUUCAUUACAUCAA